UUUCCUUUUUAUCGGUACCAGGGAUCGAACUCAGGACUGCCUGCUUGCAAGGCAGGUGCUUAUGCCACUGAGCUAAAUCCCCAUCCCCUCCAGUCUGGUUCUUAUGCAGCCGGUGAUCAAAGCAGAAUCUUUGCCUUCGCCUUGCUUCGCAAAUCCAGAUAGAGAGACAGUGUUUGCAGUUCGCUUCUAGACCUGGAGCCAGAGAAGCCUCGCAAAUUACACUGGAGAGCUCUAUCUUGUCUUUUUCCACUUUAUUCUUUUGGUGGUGCAAGGAAUGAAACCCAGGUUGCUCCUGCCAAGAAAGUGCUGUGCCGCUCACCGACACCCCUAGCCCCAGCGAACAUUUCCCUUCCUUUUCUUUUCUUUUCUUUUUGUUUGUACAAAGUCUUGCCAUGUAGUGUGGCUUGAACUCACUGGGUAGCCCAGACUGGCCUUAAACUUCCAAUGAUCCUUCUGUCUCAACCGUCUGAAUGCUGGGAUUACAGGCAUGUGCCACCACACUAGGUUAUUUUUUAAAUUUAUUUUUGAGAUAUGGUCUUGCUAUGCAGUGCAGGAUGGGCCUGAACUUACUUUAUAGCCCAGGCUGGUCUGGAACUCACAGUGAUCCUCCUGACUCAGCCUCCCACGUGCUGGGAUUACAGAUGUGUGCUAUCAUGUCUGGUUCAAACCUUAAGUAAUUUAAAAAUCCUUUUGGAGGGCCAGGGAUUUAGCUCAGGGGCGUAAGGCGCCUGCCUUGCAAGCACAUGGUCGUGAGUUGGAUCCCUGGUAUCAAAAAAAAAAAAAAAAUUCAUUUUGGAGAUGAGGAUUAUUUGGGAACAUAUUUUAGAUUAAGGGAGAUGAGAAACAGUAAACCUGUGUACUUCUGGGGAAUAUUGACUAUUUUUCCAGCAGUCCUCAUGGGGCCAAGGAGAGAGCUCAGGUGUUCUUGGGAGCUGUAAAUAUAGUGUGCUGUCAUGGCUGUCACCCAGGCUGUGUGUCCUAACAUGAUAGGGAAAUCUCUCUCUUUUUUUUUUUUUUUUUUUAAUUUGAGACAGGGUCUCACUAUGCAGCUCAGGCUGGUCUUGCAUUCACUGUGUAGCCCAGAGAGGCCUCAAGCCCAAGGCAGUCCUCCUGCCUUAGCCUCCCAAGUGCUGGGUGACAGGCACGCACCUUUGUGCCUGGCACAGUGUGUAAGUCUUUGUGCAAGGCAGUCAGUAGUUCAAGGGCUGUUUAAAUUGCACAUGUGAAACCGUUACCUGUCUGGCCGUGUGGCAGCUGUGGUUGUGAGGAAGCAGUUUAGUCUGCAAGCUAUUGGCUCAUUUAGAAACUCGAGCUUUGGAAGCCCAGGUGGACCCUUGGGUUUAGGAUCUUUUUUCCGUGGUGAUCGGAUCCCCUUGCUCUGUUUGAGUGGCCUAUCACCAGCCAUCAGGGAAGGACUGUGUGCUCGAGUCUGGCGUUUCAGCAGGGAGCUCCUGUAUUCCCCUGAUAGCUUCUGGUAUUCGGGUGACAGGAGAGACUUUUCUACCAGAAGGUUCUGCACUUUACUCUUAGCUUCCACUGGCUGGCGGGACUUCAUACACUGUCUUUUUUUUGUGGGGGGGGGGUUGUUUUUUGUUUUUUUUUGGUGCUGGGGAUGGAACUCACGACCUUGCUCUUGCUAGGCAGGCGCUUAGGCCACUGAGCUACAUCCUUGGCCCCCAUACACUGUCUUUGAAAUGAGGCACUGACACUUCCUCUGGGUGAGGUCCAGGUGGACCCACCCUACGGAGUGUUGUCCUGGGAGUGUCCUUGUCACUGGCUGCCCUGUGCCUCUCCACUGAUCCUGGGGUGUGCGGUGCAGGCCGUCUUCAUGGAACCGGAGGCUGUGUCAGAGUGAGAAGAACCAAAGAUGCUUGGUCAGGUGUUGUUUUUAGCAACUGGUAGCAUUAAAUUAAAAGCAAGAUUUAAAAGGGGACAUGGAAUAGUCGACUUUAAGAUUCAUUAUUCUGUUUUCUGCUUAAGAAACAGUCUUGCUACAUUGCCCAGCUAGGCACAAACUCCUGGGUGCAGGUGAUCCUACUGCCUCAGCCUCCUGAGCUGAGGAUGUGCUGGGAUGACAGGCAUGCCCCACCACACCUGGCUCUUGUUAAUUUCUUUCUUUCUUUUUUUUUUUUUGUCUUUUUCCUUUUUAUCGGUACCGGGGAUCGAACUCACGACUGCCUGCUUGCAAGGCAGGCGCUUAUGCCGCUGAACUAAACCUCCAGCCCCAUUUCUUGGUUUUUCCAUUCUUGGUGUUACCAUCUAUUGAGUUUGCUCCCUAGGAAGUGAAGGUUUGUAAUGUUAAUAGUGUCCCCUGCCCGAAAUGCUUCCUUAUCCAGCUAGAGCCCUAUUCUUAGGGUAUAUGCUGGUGCUGGGGAUUGAACCCAGGCCUGCCACACAUUGGGCAUGUACACUGCUGCUGAGCAGCAUUCCCAGCCAUACUGAAAUGUUUUAGACAGUGUCUCACCAAGCUGCUUAUGCUGGCCUGGAAUCUGAUGAUCCUCCUGCCUCAGCCUUCUGAGUAGCUGGGAUUACAAGUGUGCUCCACCACACCCAGCUGCAUAUUUUUAAGUUAGGGUGCAGUUGGAUAGAGGUCUUUCUUGGUAUCUCAGAGAGGAUAUUAUAGGCGCACAGAAUCCUUGGGAAGCUGUGAGAGUGUGGCAGGGAGGGCAGUGUGGCAAGCAUUUCAAGAAACUCUUGCUGUUAACAGUCUCAGCUGCCAGGGACAGGGAUUUAGCUCAGCAGCAUAGGCACCUGUGCCUUGCAAGUGUGCGGUCCUUAGUUUGACCACCCAUACCAAAAAGAAAAAAAAUCUUAGCUGCUGUGUCAGAGUAGGCUGUUGGCAGGAGAAGCCGGAGACGGCUGCACACCCCUUCUGCCAUCUCUCUGUGGUCAUCGAUCUGCUCCUUAUUGCUGGAAAUGACACCCACCUUUUUUGCUCAGCUGAAUCUUGGUGGAAUAUAAGCUGCAGCCUCACUGGCAGAGGAUUCUGGGAAAUGUAAUUCCCAGAAAUACAUACAGCCUGGCCCUAGCCUCAGAUGGGUCUAGAAGGGAGUAAAAGUGAGUGUUACCAAAAGAGACAAGAGAGAGAGUGGGGGAGAGAGUUUAAAGAAGUGUGUCUUCUUUUUAUUUAUUUAUUUAACUUUUAGUGUGUAAUCUUUUUAGGCAGCUUUGGGAACCCUGCUAGACCAUGAGCUAUACCUGCUAGACCAUCUCUACAGAUUCUGUGGGUUGCUUCAGUCUGGGUUUCCAAAUUAGAAAGUGUCUUUUGUCUGGUUAGUUCCUCCCUAGGUUGAGUCCUACUGCUGGUAAUAAUGGCGGCCUGGGGUGACUCCAUUUUUCUAGCCAAAUCUCAAGGCCGCCUGGAUCCUGCAGUGUGUGGGUGGGAAAGAAAUAUUAAUUAUGAACAUUGAGCUACUCUGUAUCAUUUCACUGUCUAAGUCCAGGAAUCUGUUAAUGUUUUUGGUAAACCGGAAAAUUGGCGCAGGCUUUGGAAGCAGAUGUACCCAUCAUCUGCCUGGGAUUCCGGCAGUAUCUCCGUGGAGAUGUUAGAGCCCGGGGGUUGAUGGCAGGGAGGGGCAUGUUCUCUUCUCUUUGUACUCUGGACCGCUAGGCCGAGGUGUGGGCCUGUGAGCUCUGAGGGGUGCAUGCAGCUGCUCCUCAGCCCCGUGAGUUGCUUAGAGGUCAGGUGCAAAGUUCUCAGAGCUUGGAGUCCAGUGCUGGGGACACUGUGGCUGACAGGUCUAGAGGUGCAUUCUCAGAUGAGCAGUUCUCUAGGGAAACAAACAGGAAGGAUUACAUUUAAAUUUGGGAGUACCAGGGAUUGAACCCAAGGCUUUGUGCAUGCAAGUACACAGGCUACCCCUGUACUAUACCGCCAGUCUCCUGUGUGUGUGUGUGUGUGUGUGGGCACAUACAUAUGUACAGCAGGAUUGAUCCUCAGCCCUUCUAAAUUUUUUGGGGGGAAGGGCAGGGUCUUACUAAAUUACUCAGGUCAGACUUGGGUUUGUGAUUUUCCUGCCUCAGCCUCCCAAGUGCUGGGAUUACGGGCAUGCCCUGUGUACCCAGUUUACAUAACUUCUGUUGAAACGGGUUUGUUGAAUGGUCACAGUAAAAGGUAGGACUGUCCAGGGCUGAGAUGUAGCUCAGUGAGUAGGGGAGCUCAAUGCAUGGUGGACUGCUUCUGUGGCAUGCAUAGGACACUGAGGUCCAGUCCCACACCAGGAAAGAAAGGACGAGUGUUACCAUCUUACUGACUGUGAUCUUUGUGUUGUAAGGCACGCUUUGAAGCCAUCUCAUCUGUUCCAACAUGGUAUGUGUUUUCUGUCCUGAUACCCAUCUCCCCAUAGUCAGUGCUGUCUGGAUAACAGGGUUUUCUUUUCUUGCCUUGAGGGAGGAGUUGGGGUGGGAGCUGGAGGUGUUUAGUGAGGUCAUUUCCUGAUUGCUUCUGGAUGCUUCUCGGAUUCUUAAUUUAUAACAGCUCUUAUGUUAGUUAACUUUAGUAAUCCUUUUAUGAAGCCUUUCGUUGUGGCUGUGGUUAUUUAAUUGAUAUGAGAACAGACUCCUCAUCAAUUUGAUUUUUUUUUUUCUUUUUUUGUCUUUUUCCUUUUUAUCGGUACCGGGGAUCAAACUCACGACUGCCUGCUUGCAAGGCAGGCGCUUAUGCCGCUGAGCUAAACCUCCAGCCCCUUGACUCCUCAUCAAUUUGUCAUCAUUUCAGCAGUGAGGACUUGGCCCUGAUGGCCCUGUGUCUGGAAACCACCUGUGGCAUCCGAUGCUUGCCCUGGAGAUGGGAUUUGAAUGAGCUCCCAGGGAGCCACAGCUGGAGGGCAUUUAGAAGGGGAUGUGGCAAGCUCCUUCCUGCGCCCUGCACCCCCACCUGGGAGGGGUGAGGCAGAGACCAAAAGUUGGAGCUUAGCUCUGAAGGCACAGCAGAACUGGCUCAAAAUAAAAUCCCCAAGCACUGGGCAGGCAGCGCUGCUGGUCUCUGAGAGUUCCAGGCCGGCCUGGGUCACACAGCAAGACCCUGCUACAGAGCAAAACAAAACACUAAGACCAAAAAAAAAAAAAAAAAAAACCACGAAGACAUUUUAAAAGGACUGAGAGCAUAGGUCAGAGAGAGCUUGCUUAGCAUGUUUGAGACUUUAACCCAAGGACCGCAAAAAAAAAAAAGAAAAGAAAAGAAAAAAACAAAAUCUGGCCAUGGGUGGAGGGAAACUAUGAUUGUGAUGAGUCCUUGUUUUUAUUAGCGAAACUGAUAUUGAAAGGAUUUUCUCAUUUAGUUUAUCUGUCCUUCUGCCUCCCUUAUUUUCUUCUUAGGGGUAUGUGUUCCGGUCAUUUUUUUACCCCCAGACAGUCUCACUAUACAGUCCAGACUGGACUUGAACUUACUGUGGAGUCCAUGCUAGCCUUAAAGUCAUGGUGAUCCUCCUGCCUCAGCCUCCUGAGAGCUGGGAUUAUAGGUAUGCUCCACCAUGUGAAAAGUCACUGAUCUAAAAAUAAAACAUCCAGGUUCAGUUUGUUUUAAAAAGUUAAGAUGUUUUAUUUAAAUAUGAUGGACAUGUGAUUUUUUAAUUACUUAUUGCUUAUUAUUACUUAUUUUUAUUACUUAUUACUUAUGCAGAUUUGCUGCAUAGUUGAAUUUCCAUGAUGAAAAAAAUGCCUUGUAGCUGGAAAAAAACUUCCUUUCACCAGAUAACCUUGGAAUUUUAAUUAAUUCCAUGUCUAUAGUGAUGGAAUGUGUUUCACCAGAAGCCUGAAGGAUUGGAACUCAAAGGGGAGGUGGCUUUCACCGCUGAGACAGGCCUGUGACCACAAAACCUUGAACAUAUUUUCCUUGAAUUUUGGAACAAUCUGAAAGGAUUCAUGGAAACUCACUGUGCUUCCUAGGACGUGGGGAGGUGGUUUUCCCGUAGUGGGGGUUGAAUCAGGGUGCUCAUAGCAGUGAACUAUAUCAUCAGCUCUUUUCCUGAGAAGGAUUUCACUGAAUCCUCCGGUCUGGGGCGGGAAUUUGAAAUCCUCUUGCUUCAGCCUCCCAGGGACCCUGUGUCGUGGGUGUGCUCCGCAUGCCAUGCCGGCACAGGCUUUUGGGCUUGGACUGGAGGCCACUGGGUCGGUGCUGUGGGGUGGGCGCGGGGCGUGACGUGGCAUGACGUGACGUGGCCUGACAUGAUGUGGCGCUUGCUCUGCCCGCUCCGGGCCUGGGAAGGUCGAGGGUCACCUUUUCUGCCUGAGACGCGGCGCUGCCGCUUGCUGGUGCCUAAGAGUCGGGUAUGAGCGGCCCGGGCCGGUGCCCCCUCCCCACUUCAGCCCAGAGCUCCCUGGAGCCCGUGGUCUGGGAACGGCGGCAUGGGUUGCUCAGCUGCGAGCUCUGCAGUGCCGCAGGUGCGUGGACGGUGAAGGGUGCGACCUUGCCUGGGGACACCCCCCGAGGCCAGCCCGGUUCCCCGAACUGCUCCCCCGGCCCAGGGCCCCCACAGUCUGGCCGAGAGACCUGUGCACCACCUUGGCGGUGCCGAGAGGGACCUGGCGUCUGCUGCUGGCACGGUUUGUUAGCCUCGCUGUGCCCACAGCACACUCGCCUCGGGCUGUCCUCCCGGUGCGGGUGACGGUGGCCUCCUCCCUGCCUUAAGCCAGCCACACACCCUGCCCCAGGUUGGCGGUUGAUCGAGCGCCCUCCACAUGAGCACAGGUCCCAGGCCUCUUGCCAAUGGUUCUGGUCCUGAAACUGCGCUCAGCACCCGGGAUGCUGGAGGGAGCCUGCAGACAGACGAAUGCCGUGGGAGGCGCAGCGGGUGCUGCGAAGGAAUGGGUCCAGAAGUAGAAAGCAGCCGCAGGCGCCCUCCGCCCUCUCCCUGUCCUCCCUGUCGGCUGCCCGUCCUUUCAUGGUGCUUUUCCUCCACUCGCACGUUCAGAGGCCGUCUCCCAGCCCCCACACAGUGGGCGCGCACACACUCCACUGAGCCGCUCCCCAUCCUGGGCAUGCUGCUGUGAAUUUCUUCCUGUUGUUUUCAGUAAGUGGCUAUUGAGCACCUACUAUGUGCUUAACAGCUUGUUAGGUGUAACCUGUGAUCCUUUUGGGGGCUGAGGCAGGCAUAUCAUUGCAAGUAAGGCCAGCCUGGGCUACGUAGUGAGACCCCCAUCCAAAGGGGUGGGGAAGAGCUUAUUGAGUAAAAUAUGCAAAGCUAGAGGAACUAUUGCAGAGUUUAAUUUGCAGUUCAGGGUUAUGUGUAACCUGGUACUGAAUAGGCCACCACGCAAUUAGUAGAGUCAGUAAUUACAUACUUACCAGAACUGAGUGAAAUUGCUCUUGAGUUUAGACUCCUGUUUUUUUGUUCUGUUUUGUUUUGGUGCUGGGGAUUGAACUCAGGGUCUUGUGUAUGCAAUGGAAGAACUCUACCAUUGAGCCAUUUCCUCAGCCUCAAGUCCAGUUUUACAACAGCUAUUCAUUCCGUUUGUUUUGGUGUCUUGCUAUCAAUAAUUGAAACUUGAGGAUGGGUGGAGUGGUGCACACCUGUAAUCCCAGCACUCUGGAGGCUAAGGCAGGAGGACUGGCCUUGAGUUCUAGGCGAGCCUGAACAAAAAACAAUAACAAAAACUGAAACCUGUUUGGGAAAUUAUACCUAGUAGGCUUGGUCUUUUGCUUUGGAUUUUUUAGAAAGGGUCUCUCUGUGUGUCUCAUCCUGACCCUGCACUCACUUGUAGGCCAGGCUGGCCUUCAACUCAUGAUCCUCCUGCCUCAGCCUCCUGAGUGCAGGGAUUGCAGGUGUUUGGCACUAUGCCCAGUGGAUAUGAUCAUUUUGAACUUGCUUGACCUGUUUCUGGAAUCGGUUGUGUAGAAACGUUUUAAAUAACUGAUUUAUUCAUCAGUGGAUUUUUUAUGCCCAACAAAGCUUUGUCACCCACGUGGUUUGGUUUGGUUUGGUUUGGUUUGGUUUGGUGGUGCAAGCCCGUGACUUCAAACGUUAGUCAAGGGCUCCACCACUGAGCGUAGCCCUUUUACUUUUUAAUUUUGAGGCAGUCUCUCUAAAUUGCCCAGGUGGUCCUUGAACUUGUGACCUUUCUGCCUCAGCCUCCCCAGGACCUGGGAUUCUAGUCAUGCACCACCACACCCAGCUUUUACUGAGUCAUGAAAGCCCUGUCCAACAAGAUAGCAGUUCCUUCUGACCAGGUUAAACUGUGGAACAAAAACUCAUUCUCCUGAUGAUGUGACUUUCUUUGUCUUGGAGCCACUGGCUUUUUCUGGCUGCCGACCAUUUGUCUCCUGUGUUUGGCGCAGUGAACAUGAGCCACAUCCCCAGCUUUUUAAAAAAUUUUUAUUUAGAGUCAGGAUGUUGCCUAGUCACUUAAGUGUCUGGGGCUGGGCUUGAAUUUUGGAUCCUCCUGCCUCAGUGACCCAGAGUGCAGGUAGCUGUGCAUGACCCCACCUGGCUGUAGUUUACUUUGAAGUCAUCCCCCUGCCUCCCACCUUAGGGUUUAGUUGGUUACUUUGAGAACUAUAAUUUACUUAGUAAUCUAAACUGAACUAAAAGGAAAGUGCUGUUACCUGAAGUGUGAAAGCAGACAAUGGAGCCAGAGUUGGCCACACAUCCCUGCAAGCCAAGUGCUCAGGAGGCUGAGGCAGGAGGACCAGCAUGAGUUCCAGGCCACCUUGGGCUGCAUAAUAGGCCCUGUCUCAAAAAGACAAGAAAGAAGAAAACGAAAGUAGAGGAUGGUACUAAGAUGCAGAAUGUUUUUUGUUUGUAAAAUAACUUACAGUUUUAUAGCAGCAGAAUGCUGUUUGAGCAAGGACACAGACUGCAGUAUAACUAAGAUGCCUCUCAGGUCAUGUUAAGUGUAUGAAAAGCGACAACUAAAUUGGAUCCUUUAUUUAUUUAUUUAUAUUCUUUUUUAUCGGUACCAGGGAUUGAACUCACGACUGCCUGCUUGCAAGGCAGGUGCUUAUGCCACUGAGCUAAAUCACCAGCCCCUUCUUCAUUUAUUUAUUAACUGCAGAGAUGUUAGUUGGUGUCCAUAUUAAGGAAUUCUCUUCCUCUUUGAACAUAGGAAUAUUAGAAAAUUAAGUAGAAAAAUGAGUUUUGAGUAAUAGAAGGAAACACUUUUGUUUUUGUUUUUUGAGACAGGGGCCCACUGCUAGGGUGGCUUAGAACUCAUAGUAAUCCUCCUGCCUCAGCCUCCUGAGUGCUGGGAUUGUAGGUGUAUACCACCACGCCCGGCUGAAGGAAACACUUUUUAAAACUGUGCUACCUACAGAGUUGUGAAGAUGUCUCUGAGGCUUGUGGUAGCUGACACUGGGAUGCUUUGAAGCAAGGCUUUCAUCUUUCCUGAGGCCCUGAUGUCUGAGAGUGGGAGGGGAGGGGUGCCGGGAAGCACAGUGGAAAUCCGUCUGGAAAUCAGGGUUCCUGGAGAGCAGCUGAUGAGGGGUUAGUUCUAAUGGAAUAGAUCAGAAAGGAAAUAAUUCUGUAGAAAACUUUCCAGUUAAUUCAAGUUUAAUUUCAGAUUUAACCUCACAACUCUUAAUAGACAUUGCUUUCAAAAGGCCUGAAUUUGUGGGGUUUUGUUUUUAUUUUUUUAUUUUGGGUACUGGAGCUUGAACUCAGGGCCUUUCUUUGCACUAAGCUACACCCCACCCUGACCCGCCUUUUAAUUUUGAGACAGUUUUGCUAAUUUGUCUAGGUUGGUCUUGAUGGUGGGGGAUCCUCCUGUCUCAGCCUCCAGUGCUAAGGUUACAGAUGUGUGUUACUAUACCCGGCUUAUCUUGAUCAAUUUUUAAAGGGUAUUGUGUUAGAUUCAUACACAAAAAGACUAUAUCUAGCUUUGAAUCCAGACAUAAGAAGCUAGGGAGUGGCUUAGCUGCUUGUUUGGGGGAGUUAAGAUGCCCACCCCUUGAGAUCCAUGCAGCUGAAGUGCUGUCUGUCCGGUCAGUGUUGGGCCUCAUUCAUCCAGGGCGGCCAGCCCCCAGCAGCCUGCAGCCUCCAGCAGCUCUGGCCUGAGGCUAUGAGGAUUUCCGGUCAGGAUUUUCACCUACUCCCCUGCAGCGGUUGGUGGUUUUACAGGAGAAUUGGGAUAGUUUCCCUUUCAUCAUUCCCAGGGCUUUGAGAAAAGCUGUGGUCAGUUCCUUAUUUGAGGAGGUUUUGGUUAUCUCUGCAGGAAAUAGACCAGAGAGAGCCAGGCCUUCCCAACAGCUUUGCGGGUUUGUUUUUUUUCUUCUUUUGUAGUAUUAGGGGGUAGAACCCUCAUAGCGUUUUUAUUUAUGUUCUUGAAUUUUCAUACACGGCUCACUCAGUGGCCAGGCUGCCCACGCAUGGCCAGGCUGCCCACACUGGGCUUGAACUGGUACUCCCUGUGCCGCAGCCUUCUUCAAGGCUGGGGAUGGGCAUGCACCCUACUUCUGCUCGCUGCCCUUGCACCUGCAGGCUGCCUGUGGGUUGCCCAUAGCUUAGUGCUCCUCGCCUUGUCCAAGCGGUUCCUCCUGUGUCUGUGGUGAUGUUGGUGCCUUAGGUGGAAGCCGUUAUUUUGGGUUUUUUUACUUCAGUCAAAUAGGAUUUCCUUGCUGCCAAUCUUUUUGGAAAUUCGUGUUUGUGGUCCCCGAGUUCUGAUUUCUCUCUGUCCCCUACUUUAAUGUCUCAGGUAAGUCAGUCCUCUGAGCGUCCCUCAGCUCUGAGACGAGGGUAUCUGUCUGGGAAUUGGUGUGCUGCGACCUCAGAGGCUGACCUGGUACGGCGUGGUUGUGUUCUGCUCAUGUGGUGUGGGCGUCGCUGUGCCAGGUGCUAGUGGACUCUGCCCAGUGAGCCACGGCACUCCUUGGGCUGCGUUCGCAUGUUUCACAGUCUGAGAAUGCUUCCUGCAUUUUAAGAGGUAGUGCAAAUGAAAAGAAUGAGAGGACUGGUCACUGACCAGGAGAGAAUGUUUGCAGGAAAUGUAGCUGAUACUGUCCUGUUCCACGGAUUUUACAGAGAACUCUUAAAAAACAGAAACAGCUCAGUUUAAAAAUGGUCGGGUAGGGCCAGGGGUGUACCCCAGUGGUUGAGCAUGGCUUACUGUGUGUGAGGCCCCCUUCUUGGGCCACCCCCAGAAGGGGACAAAGGUCAGCAGUGCCAAGCAGACGCCUCUUCAGAGAAGGCUGACAGCGGGGAGCGCAGGGGCUCUCAGAAGCACAGGAACAGGUGCUGCUGUUAUGCUGUCACACUACAUGUUAGGGCAGUACACGCCACAACAGGGUACCGACCCGGCCGUGGCCCAUGCCUGCAGUCCCAGUGCUCAGGAGGCUGAGGCAGGAUGAUGUGGUUAAGGCCAGCCUCCACUGCAGAAGAAAACCCUGUCUCAAAAACCCAAGCUCCAGGGCCAGGGAUUUAGCUCAGCAGCAUAAACGCCUGCUUUGCAAGCUCGAGGUUGUGAGUUCAAUCCCCAAAACCAAAAAAAAAAAAAAAAAAGCUCCCGUUACAUCCUUAGCUGAAUGCCCAAAAUGAGAGGCUUCAGACCCUGGCAAGAAUGUGAUGCAACAGGAACUGUCCUCAUUGUGGGGAGGCAGAGUUACAGUCAGGUUGAAAGAAGCCUGCAGGGUGGGCAGCACUGGAUGUGGUCGCUGCACGGGAUCCAGCAAUCCUCCUUGGUGUCCACACAGGAGGAGGUAUAUGAGUGACCUAAGGCUGCCAGGGAAGACGGAGAGAGAGCAGCGCCAACUGGGAGCAGGGCCAGGAUGCCGAUCCCGCCGCCCCCACCACCCCCACCGGGCCCCCCACCACCUCCGACUUUUAACCAGGCGAACACCGAGCAGCCCAAGCUGAGCAGGGAUGAGCAGCGUGGCCGCAACGCACUCCUGCAAGAUAUCUGCAAGGGGACCAAGCUGAAGAAGGUGACCCACGUGAAUGAUCGGAGUGCCCCAAUCCUGGAGAAGCCCAAAGGAGGUGGCGGCGGCUAUGGCUUGGGAGCUGCGGGAGCUGCUGCCCUGCAGCCCAAGGGAGGCCUCUUCCAAGGAGGGGUCCCGAAGCUGCGGCCCGUGGGGGCCAAGGACAGCUCAGAGAAUUUGACCGGGAAAGCAGCCCUGCAGGCUCCUGGCUCUCGAGCCGCUGCCCCAAGGCCACCGGUGUCUGCAGCCAUCGGGCGUCCCCAGGAUGACUCAGACAGCAGCCGUGCCGCCCUCCCUGAGCUGCCCCGGACGCAGCGCCCCUCGCUCCCUGACCUCUCACGGCCCAGUGCCACCAGCGGCCCAGGCAUGAAGCACAGCUGCUCCGCGCCCCCACCCCCACCUCCUGGCCGGCGUGCCAAUGCGCCCCCUGUGCCCCUGCCCAUGCCUGGCAGCAAGGUGGCCUACAACAGGGAGAAGCCCCUGCCACCCACCCCAGGACAGAGGCUACACCCUGGGCGUGAGGGGCCGCCUGCGCCACCCCCCAUCAAGCCACCGCCUUCCCCUGUGAACCUCAGAGCGGGACCAAACAGCCAGUCACUGGCCCCACCACCACCGCCUUACCGCCAGCCUCCUGGGGUCCUCAACGGGCCCCCUGCCAGCCCCACACACGAGUCUGCCCCCGAGCUCCCGCAGAGACACAACUCUUUGCACAGGAAGACAUCGGGACCUGUCCGGGGCCUCGCACCACCUCCGCCAGCCUCAGCUUUCCCCUCUUUGCCAAGCAAUCGGCCCCCUCCCCCAGCCCGGGAGCCUCCUAGUAGAGGGUCAGCGCCACCGCCCCCACCACCCAUGGUCCGGAAUGGUGCCCGGGACGUGCCCCCACCGCCCCCACCCUACCGCGCGCACGGGGAGCCCCCCAGUCGGGGGAAGCCCCCGCCCCCGCCCUCCAGGACGCCCGCCGGGCCACCACCCCCACCGCCUCCUCCGCUCAGGAACGGGCACCGGGAUUCCAUCACCACUGUCCGCUCCUUCCUAGAUGACUUUGAGUCCAAGUAUUCGUUCCAUCCCGUAGAAGACUUCCCAGCUCCAGAAGAGUAUAAGCAUUUCCAGAGAAUAUAUCCCAGCAAAACACACCGAGCUGCCCGUGGAGCACCCCCUCUGCCUCCCGUUCUCAGGUGAAGCCCAGUCAGUGCUGUUCCUGGACGGACAGCCCUGCUUUUCUCAGAGGCCCCACCCCAGAACCUGCAUGAGCGCUCCCGCCGACUCCAGCACCCUCCGCUCACCUCCAUCUCUGCUUCUGUCCCAAUGCUGAGGGCUCUGAUCAGCAGUGGCUCCCGCCCACCUCCCCCUCCACAGCCAGCCCCACGGGCAGAAGAGGAGGAGGCCCUGCUUUUCCAGAGGGGCCCUGUGCUGGCACAACAGUGGGAGCAGGGUGUGGCACUGUUUGCUGUCCCCUGAUGCCUCAGGCAGGCAAGGGAGUACCUUUUCCAAGCUGUCAGGGGCUCCCUGCCUGCGACUUCUGUGGCGAGGGCGUGGCUUCCGAGUGUAGUGAUCUGUUUUAAAGGUCAGAUGUGGAGAAAGGAUGGGAAGCGACUCUGCUUUACUUCCAGGGUAUCUGGUUCUGUCCCCUCUCCCUGCCCCAGGGCCAAGGUGGCCACGGACACUGAGUACUAAUCAGCCCACUAAACACUUAACCAAGGCAUGUGUGGAAUGGACUGAGGACACCAGAGCCAGGCUGGAACCAGUGAUACCCAGGAUGCCCUGCCUGCUUUCCUCAGGGUACUGGCCUCAGGGGUCUCCCCAACCCUGAUCCCUUCAAGAGAAGAGCCCCUUCUUCUGGGGGACCCGAGUCCUUCCUGUCACAAACCCCUUACACCUCUGCUGGGAGACAGGAAGAUCGGGCCUGGACUGCAGCUUCUGCAGUGAGAGUCCCUUCGCUCAGCCCCCGGAGACCAGGAACUGGAAGGCCUUCCCAGCUCCCUUUGGUGCCGCCCUCUCCUUCCAGGCCUGUAGGGUGGUGUAGGGGAAGGAGGCCAGCAACAGACCCUCAGGGAUGGGGACCUUCAGGGCUUGUGUACGUAAAGGGAUGCCCAGCCCAGGGAUUGCCCUGGCAGCCGGCAGUAUGAUUGUGCCCUCCAGGCCCCAGUCCGAGCACAGAGUGAGCGAGCAAGGCCCAGCUGAGGCUGUAGAAAGGUUCCUGUCCCCCUCUGGUAGCAGGGGCUUGGCUCCACACCCUGCCGGGUCGGUUUGGAGAAUCUGCCCAGAGCAAGGGAACCGAGUUGACCUUGUUUCUCGUGCUGUCACCAGACAUGUCACAGGCUUGCGCUGCUGUGGGGACCUUUUAUUAGUUCAGCUGGGUCACAGGCCAAGGGUCCAGGCCAGCUCUGCUCAGCACCAGCGAGGGGGAGGGCUCCAGGUUGCAAGUUCUGAGUCUGCUGUCCCUUGCCAUCUCGUGGACCACAAGGACUCUGGGCAUAGACCUUGCUAAGAUCUGUCACCAGACACAUUCUGACCCUUCUGUGUCUGCCACUGUUUUCUGACAUGUUGGCAGUCACCCCAGAACACUCCCCAGCACCCUUGCAUGGGUGGGGCGCAGAGGGGCACGUACAGCGUUCAAGGUAGAUGCCCACACGUGACUGAACUUUGACUGUGAAGUCUUCCCAUUUAUUUUUGAAAUGGGAGUUGAUGCUUUUCAUACAAUGUUUUCAGAGUGUAUCCUUUUUCCCCCUUUACUGAAACAUACAGCAUCAAGAGUAAGCAUCACAAAUAAAGCCAAACCCCAGCUUUUCAUUGGGGCUGCUGUCUUCUCUCUGUGACCUGCUGGUCCUUGUGGUCCCCAGCACUGAUACCGUGUGACCUGGGCAGGGACUGUAUUUUCACUGCUGGCUUCGACUAAAAAGGCCUGGCUCUGGAUCCACAGUGGCCGUCCCUUGGAACACGUGGUGAGCCAGCAUGGCCUUAUGCGCUCUUCGGUCCUGCUGUUAGUAACAGAUUUCUUACCGUGUGUAUUUGCUGUCGGAGACAGGAGCAUGGCUGCACGGCCACAGAGUCGCUGGUCUGGUUUGUGUGCAGUACAGAGCCCAGGCUGUAGGUUUUAAGGUGGGCACUAAACUUACCGCCUCCUGAGCUGCUCCUGGACUCUGGGUGGGUACGCAUGCCCUCUCUUUGGGGAAGCCAGACAGUCUGAGUUGAGGCUGUGCCCAAUCCCCUACCUCCCUUGUCUGCUUGCAGAGGGAAGUGACAUCCCAGCUUAGCAAAGAGAAGCUGUGUGGAUGGCCCUUGUGUGGCUUUGGUUCAUGAUGUUUUUCCCUGGUGGGGAAACCUCCUAGUCGCUUUCAUUUAAACACAUUAGACAUCCCUUCCUCCUCCAUCAGUCAUAGAACACAGAAGCGCUCUGCUAAUCCAGGUGUGGCUUCUCUGUUGCAGGGAUCUGCUCUAGCUGCCAGCCACCACCACCCACUCACCCCCCACCCCCCUUUCUACAGUGGGGCAGCAGAGUGAAUCUGGAGCUGUCUCUGCCCCUCCCCUCCAGCCUGGAACUCACAUUUAAGGUGUAAAAUAGACUUGCCACAGAGCAACUCAGGGUUGGGGUGUGUCUUCAUUCUCCUGGUAACUUGAAAUAAUCUUUAGGUCAUGUGCUUCUGGGUGACUCAGGGUGGAGUGGGCCUCUGGUGGCCCUGGCCAGCACACGCCAGAGUCUGACCUUCUGAAGCCCACCCCACACCAGCUGCCAUUGGAUUCUGUGCAUUCCACUGUCCUAUCUUUCCCUGUCGCCUGGGACCCCUUAAGUUAGGGAAUGGAAGGUGAGAGAGGGCUUCGCAGCUCUGCCUUUAAGGUUCAGCUCUUUUUUUUUUACCUUAAGGAAAUGUGAGUAUAUAAGGUUCAGCUCUUAAAACGAAAAGGUGAUAACCACCUUCGAAACCACAUGCAAAAAAGGAAAAAAAAAAAACAAGAACCCUGUAACCGGAGGAGGGGUUGGUUCCAUUCCACUCCACGUCCAUUGUGCCUUUACUUGUGUUAGGUUUCUGUGCUUUCCUCCUCUGUGUCUUUGAAGAAAUUAAAAUCCUCCUUGGUAA